AUGGAGAAAAGCUGUCAAUCUUCCGGUGAAUCCUGGGAUGUCGUACAGAAGCUGACCGGUUCACCCGCUCACGAGCGGUUUUCUACUCCGCCCCCAAUCCACCAACCCAAACCGCAAAGCUCUCGACUUCAGAGGAUCCGACCUCCUCCGUUGGCGCACGUUACCAACCGUCCUCCCCCGGUGAUGAAUUGCGCCGUCCCCAAUAUGAACCCCUCCGGUUGCCUCACUGCAAAUACCUUCAUGAAUCAAAGGCCACCUGCUACGGCGCCUCUUUCGCCGCUCCCUCCCUUUCCCGCUGUGCAGGUGGUGGCCGAAUCGCCCGUCUCUGCCUUUAUGCGAUACCUACAAAACUCUACACCCACCGCUGUUGAUCCCAACCCAAAACAAUUCACAGGGUUCCCACCAUUGGCCCCACUGGUUUCACCCCUUUGGAACAACUUGACCGCCCCACAACAGCAACCAGCGCAACAGUCACAGGUACCAACAACAGGGAUAAUCCAGUCAUAUUCACCAUCAUCAUCGGUAGCAUUGGGGUGCGUGAAUUCCCCACGGUCACCGUAUUCAUCGUUCUUUUAUCCGUUUUCGGGUCAGUUAGGAUUCCCACUUUCACCGAGCCCAAAAUGGCCAAGUCUUUGA